UCCUCCUCCAUAACCACUUUCUUUUUUUCUUUUCCUCUUUUGAUCCUCCGUCAACAAUCCUCAUUUCUAUUGAUCACCAUCACUCUCAUUUCUCCAUUCCGCUCCCCCGGGCGCCCGCGCGUGCGCCCACCGCAAUGGCUCGUAUAGGCGUCAUUGUAUCACCCCGUUUACGCGCAUCCACCCUUCUCCUAACCAUCUUGAUCCUUUUCUCGGCGUCCUUCGGAGACUCCGAAAGCGACGUCCUCGUCAAGUUUAAGGAUUCCCUCAAGAACAAUGGCGCACUCUCCAAUUGGCACCCCGGCACGCCCCCCUGCAACGGCGACGCCGAGAAUUGGGUCGGCCUGUUGUGCGAGCAGGGCACCGUCUGGGGGCUUCGCCUUGAGAAUAUGGGCCUCGAAGGCACCAUCGACGUCGACACUCUCACUAAAAUGCCUAAGCUCAGAGUUUUGAGCCUUGUCAAUAACAAUUUCAAUGGCCCUUUGCCUGAGGUGAAGAAACUUCACAGUCUUAAAGCUGUUUUCCUGUCUAACAAUAAAUUCUCCGGCGAGAUACCGCCUGAUUUCUUCGCCGGAAUGUUGGCUUUGAAGAAGGUUCAUCUGGCUAAUAACCAGCUCUCCGGGGAGAUCCCUGUGUCAUUGUCGACAUUGCCGCGGCUUAUGGAGGUGACGCUUCAGAACAACGAGUUCACCGGAUUGAUUCCGCCGUUCCCUCCCGGUAGAAUCAAGACGAUCGACUUGUCAAAUAAUAAGCUCCAGGGCGAGGUCCCUCGCGGCCUCAGCCAGUUGCCAGCGUCGGGGUUUGAAGGUAACUUGGACUUAUGCGGCGCUCCCCUGAAAUCGUGCACGGCGCCGAACAAACUCUCCGUCGGGACCAUCGUUACUGUCGUGAUACUUCUGGUUUUAACGUCGGCAGCUCUCGUAGCCGUCGUCGUCAUCCUUCUACGUCGCCGGAGUCCCGCCGGGCAGCAGGCGGAGGCGGGAUCAGUGGGGUCCAGGGCAGCUCCGGCCAUGAGACAGGGCAAUCAAAAGGCUGCGGAUUUAGACAAGAUGGAAAAAGGCGCGGUGGCGGCGCCGCCGCCGCCGUCAAAGUCGUCUCCCGGAAAGAAGCAGAGCAGCCAGGCAAAGAAAUCAGAGCACAAUAUGAAGAUCACGUUCCUGAAAGAAGACGGCCUGAAAUUCGACAUGUCGGAUCUGCUGAAGGCGUCGGCGGAGGUGCUCGGCAGCGGCGUCUUCGGGUCGACCUACAAGGCCGACCUCGGCAACGGCGAGGUCGUCGUCGUCAAGAGAUUCAAGCACAUGAGCAACGUCAAUAAACAGGAUUUCUCCGAGCACAUGCGCCGCCUCGGCCGCCUGAGCCACCAGAAUCUCCUCCCCAUCUCCGGCUACUAUUACCGGAAAGAGGAGAAGCUCUUCGUCACCGACUAUGUCGACAAUUUCAGCCUCGCUUUCCAUCUCCACGCCGGAAACACGCCGUCGCGGACGCAAUCGCCGCUGAACUGGCCGGCGCGCCUGAAAAUCGUGAAAGGCGUGGCGAAAGGGCUGCAGUAUUUAUACAACGAGCUGCCGAGCCUGACGGCGCCGCACGGCCAUUUGAAGUCGUCGAACGUGCUUCUAGAUGGUUCCAACAACCCUCUGCUGAACGACUACUGUCUGGUGCCGAUCGUGAACCGGGAGGAGGCGCAGCAGCACAUUAUCUCGUACAAGUCGCCGGAGUUCCGACAGAGCGGGAGGAUAACGAAGAAGACGGACGUGUGGAGCCUGGGGAUUCUGAUAAUCGAAAUCCUGACAGGGAAGUUCCCGCCGGAUUUCCUGCAGGACAACAAGGGCGGGAGCGAGGCGGACGUGGCGGCGUGGGUGGAGUCGGUGGUCGGAGAGGAGCCGACGGCGGAGGUUUUCGACAAGACGAUCGGGAAGGCGAAGAGGUGCGAUGCGGAGAUGAUGAAGCUGCUGAAAUUAGGGCUGGAAUUGUGCCAGGUGGAUGUGGAGCUGAGGCCGGACAUACUGGAGGCCGUCGAGAAGAUCGAGGAGAUUAAGGAAGAAUGAGUGAGUGAGUAGGUCGGAUCGGAAGUGCAACGGCGUUUGUUGUCGUAAUCUGUAUAUGAUCUGAUGAUAGACGAAGAUGAUGAUGAUGAUGAUGAUGGUAACAGUCGUCGGAUCAUUUGGAGAGAGUGAAAAUAUAUAUAUAUUUAUAUAUAGAGAGAGAGAGGGAGGGAGACGAGAUCCAGCAGUUGUUUCGAUGCGAGGUUU